UAAAAGGGGCGGGUUUUAAUGUAAGCUAUUCCGGCUCGCUAUUGGCUGCUCAUCUUAGCGUUAAAGAGAAAAUCUCUUUUGCUCGGAGUUGCUGUUUCAGCUGUGUAGUUGAACGUCAAUGGAGGAAUCCGAAGGCUAAAGUUAAGAGUCAGAGAGAUGUCUGUGGAGGCCGAGUCAUUGCUGCAGGAGGUGAAGGAGUGCAUAGAAGCAGCUCAGAACUACAGGACUGAACUGCAGCAGAGAAUACAGGGACUGAGCCAGGCUCGCAAACAGGUGCGGGGAAGCUCCACUCACACUCGCGAGGUUUUGAAACGUCAUUUUCAGGAUCUCCAGGUGACGCUGAGCCGUUUGCUAAAUGAGCGGCUGAACGCACUCCUACAGGAAGUGGACACCAUCGAGCAGGACAGCAUCAGUCCACUAGAUGACUGCCAGAAGCUCAUUGAACAUGGCGUCAAAAUGGCGGACGAGCUCUUGCGUGAAGGUGAAGCUGCGAUACGCUGUGGGAUCAGUGACCGAGAGGACAAACUGUGCAGCUUCGCUAAAAAAGCCCUACACAUCCAACUAGACAGCCUCCCCGAGGUGCCGGCGCUGGUGGACGUGCCGUGUGUGUCGGCGCAGUUAGACGACUCGUUGCUGUGUGUGAUGCAGGAGCGAAUGGUGCGUCAUGGGAGUGUGUCGUCACAUCCGCCUGUACAGAUAGAGGAGCUGGUUGAGAGAGCAGGUGGAGUGCUGGUGCGCUGGAGCAAGGUGGAUGAGGACUUCUUCCCUCAGGAGUACAGACUGCAGUACAGACGCAGUAGCUCCACCCACUAUGAAGACGCCUACAUCGGGAGCGAGUGUGAGUUUCUGCUGCUGCACCUGGACCCUCACACGGAUUACCUGUUCCGAGUGUGUGCGCGUGGCGAGGGACGCACCGAAUGGAGCCCAUGGAGCGUCCCACAGACCGGAUACACAACACUCACAGCACACGAGUGGAGUUCAGGUGUGGACGGCUAUAUUCUGAGCAGCAGGAGGAACAUGGCCCUGCGCAGUGACUCGUCUUCUUCAGGCAGCACUUCAGUGCUUUACUCCAACUCGUCGUCUUACUUCUGUGGACAAACUCUCACCUUCAAGAUUACAGCAGCUGGACAGAUAGAUAAGCGUGACAGUGUGGGGGUGUGUGUGGAUAAACGCAGUGAUUCAGAAUCUCUGCAGAGGGACCAGGCUGUCUGUAUCUCCACUAACGGUGCUGUGUUCGUUAACGGGAAAGAAAUGACCAAUCAGCUACCUGCCGUCACCAUCGGCUCGGCCAUCACCUUCGACAUGGAAGUGGUCAGCAUUUUUCCCGCCAACAACAAUAACCCAAAUGAUGCGAGCAGCUUCAAACUGCGGGUUACGAUUGGUUCAGGGAACAGAGAGGUGGUUUUCGAUUGGCUGCUCGACCAAGUUGUGGACUGCCUCUUCUUUGGCUGUUCCUUCACACACCCGGGCUGGAAAGUGCUAGUUUUCUAGAUGCCGCACUUCCUUGUUUUGCUGAUUUGCUUUUCUUAGAUUUGUAUCUUGAUGUCAAAGCUGUUUACAGUGUUUACUCACAGCACACAGAGUUUUGUUUUGGUUUUUAUUUACAUUGCAGCCACCAUGUAAAAUGUUGAACUUC